UCCGUCAGGCAGAAUUCUUAAUCAAAUUCAAUUAAUAAGAGUGUAAAUAAAGGUGCAAUACUUUCCUGAAAGGGUUUCUAUCUCUCGAGUUCGGCGGCAAAAGUUACCGCAAGAGUUCCAAGGCGGAGGUAGAAGAAAGGUGUAACUGGAAAUUAUAAAAGAGCAGUCGACCGUCAAGAGGAGACAGUCUCCUCCAAGUGUUCACCUGCGCGACUACAAAUCGGAAUUCCGACCAAUCGACAAUAUUUUGGAUAACAAAAAUUUCAAGUUGCUCUUACCUACUGCCUAUAAUUCGAGAGAAAUUAAGAGAACAAGAUGGGAGCGAUCGAAUGGGUAACCGAGGAAGAUAACUACGAAUGCACGUUAUCGAAAGAAACGCAGAAGUUAGCCAAGGAGGAACUCAGAGAAGAUAAAAAUACCAGAGAUCAAGCUCUCGAACAAGUUCGUAAUUGGAUAAAAUUGAAUCCGCGUAUUCAAAACUGUCGUCUUGAUGGGCAAUUUUUACUAAGAUUCUUGAGAUGCAAGAAAUUCAAUGUCCCAAUGGCGGAAGAGGCAAUCGAGAGGUACUUGCUGCUACGCCAAGUUUAUCAUCCUGCUUUCAAUAAUUUAGACAUUACGGAACCAACGAUGGAAGAACUAUUGUCCCUGGGAUAUCUGUUCGCUGCGCCAGGACGCGACCCUAAAGGCCGUCGUGUUGUAAUUGCUAGACCAGGUGUUUUCGAUCCCCAUAAGUACACGAAUGCCGACAUGUGUAGAAUCCAUGCGAUUACAUACGAAUGUUUGAUGGAAGACGAGGAAAGUCAAAUACGAGGUUUCGUUCAUUUCGCCGAUGGGGCUGGUGUCAGCUUCCCUCAUUUGACACUCUUUACUCCCAAAGAAGCUGUUCGUAUCGUUAAGAACGGAGAGCGAACUAUACCGAUGCGGCAUAAGGAAGUUCACGCAAUUAAUACACACCCUUCGUUGAAAUUUGCUCUAGACUUUGGUAUGUCCCUAAUUUCCGAAAAAAUAAAGAAACGAGUUAAAAUUUAUACCAGUUUAGAAGAAGCAAUCAAUAAUAAAAUGGACACCAGUAUGUUGCCUAAAGAGUACGGUGGUACGAUGCCUAUGAAAGAAAUGAUCGAACUAUGGAGAAAGGAAUUGCUAGAAAUGACACCGAAAUUAUUGAAUCAUGAUAAAAUGAGAGUAUCCUUGGAAUUGUAUUCGGAAAAGGCUCGAGAAGGUGCGGUAUCAGCGCUGAAACAAGGUUUUGGUUGUUCCGAUAUUGGCUCAAGUGAUUCCACCAUGUACGGUAUCACCGGUUCUUUCAGAAAACUCGAAGUCGAUUGAUUGCAGCGCAUUAUUACAUUUUUCUAAACAACAUUUACUCUAUCGAUAGAACAAGUAAUUGAUAUUUUUCUUGUAUCGAAUUAUUUUUAGUAGUAAGAUUGUGAGAGAUAAAUUUUGAUAAGAUAAUAUUCGUGUACAAGAAAAAGCAAUGAAAUUUCGAUCUCGAUCUCGAUCGACGCAGUUAUCUUUUGUGCUCGAUGAAUCUCGUAAAGUUCAGUAAGUAACGAUAAAUAAAUAUCGACGAUUUUUAUAUACUUAAAUAUAAUAUCAGAUUUAAACGUAUUUGACGAAACUUUGGUUUAC